AAUGUGGGAGGGACUGCUCCGGCCCAUGGUUAAGCCCCGCCCCGGGCAGGUUGCGCCUAUGCUCCGCCUGUAGGUGUCGCUGUUGCCGCUAGUGCUGGCCGUGCGCAUGCGCUGCUGGUAUCGCGAUCCCGAAGUGCAGAAAAUAUAUUGGGGUGCGGGAAGAAGCGCCCCCCGAUCUAUCAGCCGGGUCCGGAUAGGAGAAAGCAGCCGUCGGGAUGGAGGAGCUGCUCUUACUCCCCGGAGAGUCAGUUAAGGACAUCGCCAAAGACGUUACGUACAUCUGCCCAUUCAGCGGCGCAUAUCAGGGGAGCUUCACCGUCACCAAUUACCGACUCUAUUUCAGAAGUCUGGAAAGGGAUAUGCGGAACAUCCGAUUUGCCUACAAGCAAGAUCUGCGCACACGUAAAUCUGUAUUUGAGAAUCUCGCGAAGUUUGCCUUUCCAUUAAAUUACGGCUUGCCUCUCUUUGCCUUUGAGUACAAAGAAGUGUUUCCUGAAAACGGCUGGAAGGUCUAUGACCCGAUCCAGGAAUACAGGCGGCAGGAUCAAAAAUCUGCGUGCAAAAAUAAUCGAGCAAGAUGCUAUGAUUAAAGUCCUCCAUCAGCGCUCGCGGAAGGAUCCCGGGAAGAAUGACAGCUCCAGUUUACGCCCGGCCCGCUCCGUACCUUCUAUCGCUGCCGUGACUCUGUCCAACACAAGCACAGGAGUCCAUUCCAGGCAGACAUCGGUGAACAGCAACCAGGCGGCCGAGGAGUAGAAGGAAGAGAAAGCCCGCAAGGGAAGUAUAGGUCUGAAUCAGGGCAAGGAUCACCAUGAAAUCCCAUCUCCUUCCUUAAUGCUUCUCCCUCCAUCUUUGUUUCUGCCGCCCCCAAUACCACUUGUGACGGCAUCUCAUGCCAAAACAGGAAGCAAAGACAACAGCACCCAGACGGAGAAGAGUCCUGAGCUGUUUUGGCCAAACAGUGCUUCGUUCCCAGGCAGGGGGCGGAUAAACAUGACUCCCUCGAGCAGCCCCUUGCUACGGCACACUGCCAACAAAGCAUGUGAGAAACUAGAUAAUUCCCCUGUUCUUGGGAAGACUCCAGAUCACAGAGGGCGAGUUGGCAACACUGCUCACAAAAACGACUUCCCAGAAGCAGAAAAUACAAUGGAAGUCCUUAUUUAAAGACAUUUAUUGUACAGAAGCCCUCUCCCCUGAUGACAGGAGCCUAUAGACACGCAGGGCUGGAGGCAGCCCACAGGAAGCCCAUGGUUUGACAAGCGGAUACAGAGAUGGAGGAAAAAGAAAAGCAAUGGGAGGACCCAGAAGUUUUGUUGAAGGACUUUGGAAUGUCAUUGGCUGGAGUCAAGGAGAAGGCAAAGACUUAUCCCCAUUGUAUGGGUUUUAAUAAUUUGCAUGAAAUUUUAUAUUUCUGUCCUGCAGCUACAUUUCACAUUUGUAUUGAGUUGCCCAUUAAAAAGGCACAAUGGCCUUCGACUUAAUAAAA